AAGUGCCAGGAAAAAAAUUAGACCAGGGUAAGGGGGUUGGGAGCAUGGGCUGCAGUGGUGAUGGUGAUGUUGUAGUUUUAAAUCAGGUGGACAAGGUGACCAUUGAAUUGAGAAGAUGAUAUUUGAGCGAAGACUUAAAGGAGACAGGGGGUGAGCCAUGCAACAGAUUGGGGAAGGAGUGUUCCAGGCAGAGGGAGCAGCUAGUACAAAGGCCCUGAGGCACAUAGGCAGGCGUAGCGUGCCGGCUGUGUUUGAGGAAGAACAGAGAUGUCAGUGUACAAGGCAAAUCGUGUAGCAUGCGUAGGUUAUUGUAAGGACUCUGAGUGAAAUGGGGAAUCAAAGAAAUAUCUGUAGGGAUCUUUCUGUGGGGUCCUAACUGUGUGCGUCAGAUAUCUGUAGGGUCAUUCCAGAGCCUAGCGCGUGGGGGGCUGUUGCUUCAUUCAGAGAACUUUCCUUCCAUCUGUCAGACCCAUACCCUGGCUGAGAGGGAGGACGUGGGUUGGGCAGAGGAGGGGAAGUAGCCUUGGCCUGGGUCACAUGUAAGCCCUGGGAGAAGGAGGAACGUGAGUAGGCUGGGAGGCUCUUUGAGCUGGAAGACGUGGGCCUGGACAUGCUAUGGCUGGUGGUGGAUGUGGAGCAGAGGUGGCAGGAAUGUGGCCCCACUGAGACUCUGGCUCAGGGAGGGCUAUGUGCCUGCAGAACCAGUCUUCAGUACGGCAUCAUGUGUCUGAAGAGGCUGAAUUAUGACCGCAAGGAGCUGGAGAAAAGACGGGAGGAAAGCCAGCACGAGAUCAAGGAUGUGCUCGUCUGGACCAACGACCAGGUGGUUCACUGGGUCCAGUCCAUUGGGCUGCGGGAUUACGCAGGAAACCUGCAGGAGAGCGGCGUGCACGGGGCCCUGCUGGCCCUGGAUGAGAACUUUGACCACAACACGCUGGCCCUGGUCCUCCAGAUCCCCACGCAGAAUACCCAG